AUGGGCGUCUCUCUGCUUCUACUCGUGGGCUUCCUGACCUGCCCCACGGUUCUGCUCUCAGCUCCGACCACCUCAGCCUCCAAGCUGAAGUACCUCCUGGAGCCGCCCGUGUACGCGGAGGUGGUGGCCCGGCGGGGCGAGAACGCCACCCUGCCGUGCAUCCUGAAGAGCAAGCCCGACCACUACAAGGUCAAGUGGACCAAGCUGGAGCCGGGACGCGUGGGCCCCGAGAACCUCGUCAUCAUUUCCAACGAGCACGCCUUCAAGCGUCACGGCCGGCUGGGCCCGCGGGCGUCCCUGCGGCGGGCCCACAACAUGGACGCCUCCCUGCGGCUGGGCCCGCUGCGACUGCGAGACGGCGGCCGGUACCGGUGCGAGCUCAUCAACGAUAUCGAGGACGAGAGCGUGGUGGUCACGCUGAGGAUCGAAGGUGUAGUUUUCCCGUAUCAGAGUCCAAAGGGCCGCUACAGGAUGAAUUUCCGCGAGGCGGAGGCGGCGUGCGAGGAGCAGGACGGCGUACUCGCAACCUACGAAGAGCUCUACAGAGCCUGGACGGAGGGUCUGGACUGGUGCAAAGCGGGCUGGCUGCAGGACGGAAGCGUGCGCUACCCCAUCAUCAGCCCCCGGCCCGCCUGCGGCGCUCAAACGGGUCCCGGCAUUCGCAGCUACUCCCCCAAAGACAAGGACGUAGACCGCUUCGACGCCUUCUGCUUCACCUCUUUGACCGCGGGUUCCGUCUUCUACAUCCCGGGCGCGUUCUCCCUGGAGGAGGCCGGGCGGGCGUGCGGACGUCGGGCCGCCGAGCUGGCGCUGGUGGGUCAGCUUUACGCCGCUUGGCGUUUCCGCGGCUACGACCGAUGCGACGGCGGAUGGCUGAGCGACGGGAGCGUGCGCUUCCCCAUCGGCACCCCCAGGGGGCGCUGCGGCGGCAUCCCCGAACCCGGGGUGCGCUCCUUUGGGUUUCCCAAUCAGACGUCGCAUCUCUACGGAGUUUAUUGCUAUAGGUAG